UCGACAUAAAUUUCAUUAUUCUACUCUCUGGUUGGGUACGUAAAACCAUGGAAUUUUGUGGCCGGAAUACCCGUUUUGGGAAUCUCCGUCGUUGUUCAUAGCCUCCGGUGAACAAACCACAAUCGUCAGCCGGUGGAGUUUUUGAUUGGAUUGGCUUCGGAAUCCACUUCUAUUCGAGGGAUGGGAUGGAGUUUGUUUAUCCGCCUUGGUUUCUUGGAUAUGUAGGCUUCAACGAGUUACCACUGCAAUUGAACACUGGGUUUAAGAGUUGAGUUCUUUGUGUGGAAGGUGGUUUUGUGAUGAGUUCGAUGUUAUGACGAGACUGGUUAGCAGAUCCAAUGUUUGAUUGUUAUUCGUGAUUGUAGGUUUAAAUUUUGGCUUUAUGGCGAUGGUUUCCUCCUUAUUGCAUUGUAUUUGACCUGAAGUUUUCCAUUGCGGAAUGGAAUUCAGCAUUGAAGAGGAAUUGUAGUUUUGGUGGAUUUGAAUUUGGGCUCUUUUUUUUUCUUUUCCUGAACCGAUACAGGGUUUGUAAUUAUUCUAUUAUAGAACUUGAUUAAUUUUUACGAUUGGUCGUGGUUGGUGAUGGUAACAGCCAGAGUUGGUGCAUCACUUCAGACUUCUGUGUUGGGAUGUAAUUCAGAUUUUGGAGGAUUGAUUUUUUUCCUGGGUAGUUACGGGAGAUGAAAGUCGAAGUUGUGGGGUUGGAGGUAUAAUGACUGGAGGGUCAUUGGGUCUUCGUACGGGAAGCUAUGCAUCACUGCAGCAACAGCUACAAAAUGGUGCUUUACCAAAUCCAGCAAUUUCACCGUUCGCGCACAAGCCUUGGAAACCAAAUCUUUCAAGUUCAAGAGAGAGGGAGAGAGUUCUUCCCUUGGUUUGUCGAUACUUCGGUCGGAGAAGGGUUGCGAUGCUCCUCUUGUUCGUCCUUGCUCUUUUGGUUUUUGUAUUUGGAUCCUUUGCUGUCAGUAGAGAUAACAGUGAUUUAAAGACACCUUAUGAAGAAACUACACUAAAAUAUAUGAUAAAUUCUGCUGUUCCAAGAACAAAAGACUUCAAGGAUAAUAUAACUUCUACACCUGGGAAUUUGAAUGGAAGUACUGAAAGUUCAUCUCUGCUCCCUCCUUCCCCACAUUCAAAUCGUUCUUUAAUCUCUGAUGUUUUUCCUCGACAUUCCAUUCCAUCACCACAUCCAUGCAGAAACUUUGCGCUUCCUCCGCCAGCUCCAACAAAUGGAAAGCGGACUGGAGCACGUCCUUGUUCAGUAUGUUAUAUCCCUGUGGAGCAGGCUAUUGCUAGUAUGCCAAUUGCACCAUCAAUAUCACCCAUACUACGCAAUUUAACAUAUAUUCAUGAGGGAAAUCCAAAAAAAACAGAACCACAUGGGGGGUCUGAUUUUGGUGGAUAUCCUUCUUUAUCACAGCGAAAUGAUUCUUUUAAUAUAAAAGAGUCGAUGACAGUUCACUGUGGAUUUGUUAAAGGAAGUAAACCUGGAUAUCAGAGUGGUUUCGAUAUUGAUGAAGCCGACCUUUUGGAGUUGGAGGAGUUUCAUGAGGUCAUUGUUGCAUCGGCCAUAUUUGGAAACUAUGAUAUAUUACAGCAGCCUAUUAAUAUUAGUGAAGAAUCAAAAAGAUUUGUUCCAUUCUGCAUGUUCAUUGAUGAAGAGACAGAAGCAUUUCUGAAGAAUUCUAGACUCUUAGAUAGCAGAAAGAGGAUUGGCUUGUGGAGAAUCAUUGUUGUUCGUAAUAUUCCGUAUGCUGAUUCAAGACGUAAUGGCAAGAUUCCCAAGCUUCUUCUGCAUAGGCUUUUCCCUAACAUUCAAUACUCAAUAUGGAUAGAUGGAAAACUUCAGCUUGCUGUAGAUCCAUUUCAAAUUCUUGAGAGGUUCCUGUGGCGUCAAAAUGCAACUUUUGCUAUUUCAAGACACUAUAAACGAUUUGACGUCUUUGAAGAGGCUGUGGCUAAUAAAGCUGCUGGAAAAUAUGACAAUUCCUCCAUUGAUGAGCAGAUUGAUUUUUAUGUUAGCGAGGGUUUAACCCCAUAUUCUUUGGCUAAGCUUCCUAUAACUAGUGAUGUUCCUGAAGGAUGUGUUAUAAUUCGAGAACAUAUUCCUAUAACAAAUUUAUUCACGUGCCUUUGGUUCAAUGAAGUCGAUCGUUUUACUUCAAGAGAUCAGUUAAGCUUCUCAAUGGUGAGAGAUAAGAUAAUGUCUAAAGUCAACUGGAGCGUUAACAUGUUCUUGGACUGUGAAAGGCGCAACUUUGUAAUACAGACAUAUCAUAGAGAAAUACUGGAACACAUGCCACCGCCUCCUGUCAAACCAGUUAUCCGCCGUCCUCCGCCGGUGUCCAUUGGCCGUCCUCCGCCGCCUGUUUCUAAGCCUCAUAUUGUUCUAAAGUCUCCGCCAGUAAAGAGAAAUCCUUCCAAGCGGGGAAGAAGUGAUAAGAGGUCCAGUUCCAAGCGGCAUCGUAAAGUUAUUGCUGCACAUAGAGAGGAGAAUUUGUUCUAAUUCGAUUCACAUAAAGAAGAAAAUGUUCUUUUUUCCUUUUCCCUUUGACAUUUUUAGUUUCAUUCUCAUUCUAAUUCCCUCAAAUUUUACAUCUCAAUACAGGGAGAUCUGUUUUAGAUUCAGAGCAUUGUCUGAUGCCAUUUUGUCCUGGAAAUUGUUGAUAUAUAUAUAUAUAUAUAUAUAUGUAUUGA